AUGGGAGAGCGUAGAGGGAGUCUCAACCCUCAACCGGGGCCGAGUGCAACAGGCGCAGGUGAGAGGACGCCUCUUCUGCCUUCCUAUGAGACCCGUAAUCGCCUAUGGUCUUUCCGGUCAUCUUCAUCAAGUGAGAGCUCCCUUACAAUAUCCAGCCUCGACAGCUCGGAAAGCAGUGCCUUCAUCCCCUGGUACUGGGCCGAAUCUAACGACGUUGAAGUCACACCGCCUACUCCCGAUACAGACCCCCCGGAGUAUCCUGAAGACGAUGAGGCCCUCCAGAAGGAUGAUGGGACGAGUCUGAACCCUAUCAAGAAGGUUAUUGCCAUCUUGAUACUGGGAAUGUUUACUGCGAACGCCGAUGGGUCUCUGGUGCUUGCGACGCACUCGACAAUAGCGUCCGAGUUUAAUAACUUGGAGGCGUCGAGCUGGCUUCUCACCUCGUUCGCUCUUGCUGGCGCGUCAUGCCAGAGCAUCAGCGGCCAGCUCAGCGACAUCUUUGGGCGCCGGCCAAUUUUGGCUCUGUCGUAUACGCUAUUUGCCGUGGGUUGUGCUCUUGUCGGCGUUGGUCAGUCCAUGUGGCAAGUGGUCUUGGGGCGAUCAAUCUCGGGUGCAGGGGGCUCUGCCAUGGGUGUAGUAGCAGCACUUCUGAUUUCAGAUCUUGUCCCACUUCGAGAUGUCGCAGCAUGGCAGGCCGGGCUCAACCUCGCCGCCACUACUGGUCGAAGUCUGGGAGGACCCGUAGGCGGAUUUCUCGCCGACACGAUAGGCUGGCGGUGGUCCUUUACCGGACAGGCGCCAAUCUUUCUCCUCGCCACCUUGCUGAGUUGGUUGUUCCUCCCACGGGGGCAUCCAACCGUCCAUGUGAAGGACAUCGUUGAAGACACCGUGCCCAUUGAUGAUGAUUCAGAAGCCAAUGCCAUAAACGGCGACCUUCCCCCUUCAACAGUUCCACAACAGGAGAGUCGCAGUUCAUUGGCACGGAUCGAUUUCCUCGGUGCAUUCCUCCUAGCCAUCACGAUCCUAGCUAUCUUGAUCCCGCUUGAUAUUGGCGGGAAAUCAUACGCCUGGACGCAUCCUGUCAUCCUCCUCAUUUUCACUACGUCUCUCAUCGCCGGCUUACUUUUCUUUGCGGUGGAAUCGAAAUGGGCUCCUGAGCCAGUUUUCCCCUUGGAGCUGUUGCAGAAGCGUAGUAUAGUGAACUCUUACUUUAUCACCGGCGCAAUGACCGCGGCACAGUUGGGCCUCAUGUUCUCGGUUCCGAUCUACUUUCAAGUCACCCAGAGGGUGUCGAACGCCAAAGCUGGGGCACAUCUUUUCCCAGCUGUAAUGGGCAACGCUCUAGGAGCAAUCGUCGCAGGAAUAAUAAUCAAGAAAACCGGACAUUAUAAAAAAACCCUCAUGAUGGGAACAUUCGCGUCGGCAUUCUCCUACUUUCUCCUGUUCGUACGCUGGCACGGCGACACCAAUACCCUCGAAUCCCUGUACAUCAUCCCUAGCGGGUUCGGCAUGGGCAUCACCCAGACCGCCAUCUUCACGGCCAUUCAAGCCUCCGUCGACCACAGGAAGAAGGCGCCCGCGAUAGCUGGGAUGUACCUCACUUCGCAGCUCGGCAUGAUUCUGGGACUGGCGAUAGUCAGUGCCGUUGUGAUGGAGACAGUGCGGUGGAAAUUGGACAAGCUGCUCAUCUCGCUGGAUAUUUCCGAGGCUGUCCGAGCCGAGAUUAUCGAAAACGCGGCCUCGAAUAUUGAUUACCUUGAUCAAGUUUCCGGGGGCGUUUAUGAUGCCAUCGUCGAGUCUUACAUUCUCGGUCUCGAAUGGUCACAUUUAGUUUCCAUCGGUUCCUCGUUGUUUGCCUUUUCCGCGUCGGCGUUCCUAAGGGAAGAAAAGCUCUAG